AUUUCAGGAGGGAAGAUGAUGCGAGGAGGAGAGGAGAGCUGCAAGACGCGGAGGCGUGUACGCUGCUAGCCAAUAGGAGCGCAGAUCCCGGCACAUGUUUACAGCGCGCGCUCCGCCGGUAGAGGCUGCAGGCUCGGGGAAGGAAGACCGGCACGGAACGGAGUUGCACUCGAUUCAUUCCGGAUUUAGGCGACAGGCAUCGGGGCUGCUGCUCGGUGUCUUGGUGAAAGCGUUUUAUUCAGGGGUCCUAACUCGGUUCUUUAUAUAUAAUCAGUUUCCGGGUUUGCGUUGUUGAAUUUCUACGAGGUGUUCCGUCCGAGGCGCGCGCGCCGUGCCGUGUUUUGUGCACGCCUCCGCGAGGAAAACAAACAACCCGACUGAAAAAAAGGUCCUCGCCGGUCGGACAGCGAGAGAUCCGUGUGUCCGACCUACAUGUAGCAUGAUAUCUAAGCUUUGUUUAGGCGAUUAAAUAUGCAUUUUUUUGACAUCCUGAUUAAACGGUGGAACGCGCGCGACGGAGCCUGAAAUGUCUGAGAAUGCAUUAUCGGGCUUGUUACGCAUUUGCAGAGCUCGCGCCGUUACAGGUCUGUCAUUUUGAUUUCGACGUUUUUCAUUUGUAAAGGACGGGGGUUUGUUUUGUUUUGUUUUGUUUUGUUUUGUUUUGUUUUUUUGUUUGGAGAUUUUAGAAAUCCGUGUUCGAUCGAGUCAUGCACGCCCGGCGCCUGGUGAAGCGCUCACUGAUCGGCAGCCGCGUGUACGCGCCCGGCUCGGGAGCGGCGGCGGGGGAGGCGGGAGAGCGCGAGAACAGAGACGCACCGGUACCGAGCGGACACCCAGAGGAAGAAGCUGUCAAAGGAGCAAGGAAGCCGAGCUUGAAGAGUUUGUGUAACGGCGGGCAGCGUGACGUGCCAGCACAGGGUCAGAACGGUGGCACACAGAAAAGCGAGAAUACAAACGGGGUGGAGGAGCUGCGGGCGCCAGAGCACAGACGAGCAGGCCGGACGCUAGACAUGGAGAAGGACAACACGCGGUCUGUGUCGCUGCUCGAGCAGAAACGCAAAGUCGUCUCGUCCAGCAUCGACGUACCACAUGCCAGGAAAUCAGACGAGGAGGUAGACAUGGACAAAGUGACUGCAGCCAUGGUGCUAACCAGUCUGUCCACAAGUCCUCUAGUGCGGAGUCCUCCAGUUAAAGUUAUCGAGGGUCUGAAUGGAUCGUGGAAGGAUGGAGGCUUCACGUCCAGUUACAGCAGCAGUGGCUUCUGGAGCUGGAGUGCUCCCAGUGACCAGUCCAAUCCCUCCACUCCGUCUCCACCACUCUCAGCCGACAGUUUCAGACCGUUCCGCAUGUCCAGCCUCAGCGGGCCGCCGGACGACACUCUGGACGAGCAGGACACCAGCAGUCUGCUGUUUGAUGAGCCCAUUCCCCGCAAACGCAAGAACUCCAUGAAGGUGAUGUUCAAGUGUCUGUGGAAGAACUGCGGCAAGGUGCUGAGUACUGCAGCGGGGAUCCAGAGACACAUCCGCACCGUACACCUCGGGCGGAACUGCGACUCGGAGUGCAGUGAUGGAGAGGAGGAUUUCUAUUACACCGAGAUUAAGCUGAAUACGGACUCGGUGGCCGACGGGCUGAGCAGUCUGUCACCUGCGUCUCCGUCUGUUCUGUCUCCUCCACCUGCCACCGAGCACAGACGAGCCGAAACCUCCUGCAGUGCCAGCGGAGCCAAGACCGAGAGCAGCAGCUCCACCCCUCUCAGUCGCUCCGCCCCCAGUGCCCUCUACCUGGUACACACUGACCACGCCUAUCAGGCCACGGCUCCAGUCUCCAUCCCCUCUACCAGCUCAGCUCGCUUCACUCCCUCCAGCAGCAACAGCUUCAGCAUCUCCUGGCAGUCCCCACCCGUCACCUUCACUGGAACCCCAGCCUCUCCCACUCAUAAUCAGACACAGGGCUUCAGUGAGCAGCGCUCUCAGACCAUCCCAGUGCUCUCAUCUCUACCCCGAGCCUCAGGCUCACUCAGGAAGUCCCGAGGUGAGGGAAAGAAGUGCCGAAAGGUGUACGGAAUGGAGAACAGAGACAUGUGGUGCACGGCGUGCCGCUGGAAGAAAGCCUGCCAGAGGUUUGUGGACUGAGCUGCCUAGGAAAAAGGGGCGGGGCUUCCUUCAAUUGCAAAACUGUUUGUAUGCUGCGCCUCCUACACCACAAUUCCCACAAUCCUCCACUUCUUGGCCUGGACCCAGGAUCUGAAAGAAAACUCCUUAAACAUUCCCAGUGCGAUUGCCAAAAACUUGGAGAAAGGCGAGUAGUGCUAUAUUGCAAAAACAAAACAAAAAAGCAAAGACUUGUAAUGUUUGAUUUUUUUUUUUUUUAUGUUCUUUUUAAAACGUUUGGCUCUUAAACAUCCGUGUAAGUCAUGGAGGGACCAAACAUCGUAGGUCCAAUCACUGCCUGAUUUUUCUUUUCUUUUCUUUUUUCCUAAAAAAAAAAAAAAAAAUACAAAAAAAGGACACUUAGAGUGCUACAAAAUGGAGUACAGACUAAGAUCCUUGUUUUCCAUGAACGCUUUUCCACUUCUGCUUUUCAGCAGGGAUAAACAUUCGCACCAACUGCCAACCACACUCGAGACUGUCCACCCUUCCUCUAGUCGUGGUUGUCUGUGUGUUUAGGGAGGAGCGUGCCCCCUGGUGGAAACGGAUCAAAAUAUAAUGAAUAAGGAUAAGCCACUGCUUUUCUUCCGUAUACUCACAAGCAAUUACACUCACUAGGGAGGGACAGGUUUUCUAUCUCUGUUUUAUAUAUGUGUCAUUUCUUUCAGGGAUGAUGCGUUCAGCGAAAGCGAAACCAGCAGCUUUGUUUACCCCCCUCCCCCCCCCCCCCCCCCCCCCAAAAAAAAAAAGGAUUCUCUGUUCCAUUUCUGUUUUUCGUUUUUGUGCUCCGUUGUGCACGACUGCUACGUUAAUAAACACCCCACACAGCAGAUGACAGCGGUGUAAACCGAGCCACACUCACUCAGAUGAGAUUGCGUCCUACAACUUUGUCCCUCGUUCGUUAACAGCCAGGUCAGCAUUCCCACCUGCAGAGCAUCGUCCGAACGCUUUAAGAGAGGCAGUGAGUAAAAGACCUUCCUCUGCACCCAUUUUUUUCCUGACCUCACACGUUUUAAUUACGAAGUAAUAAAAAGAUAGAGCACUUACCCCAUCAGCCCCGGGAGCUCACGCAGUGGGCACAAGCUGGAAGCACUCGAGUGUGUUUUGUUUUUCGUCUGUCGUUGAGUAGAUUGUGUAAUUACGCUGCACAGUGAUCACAUGAGGAGGAAAUGGGAUAUUUCUCCACGCUGCUCCAGGUGAUGAAGACUGGAUGGUUUCUGUGUCCGUGUCCUCCUGGGGUUCGUCACCGUCGUGACUCCAGCAGUGAUGGACUUUUAUGCAAGAAGAAAACGGCUGCUCAGCGGGCAGCUGUAAGUGCUCUGGCGCUGAUUCUGUCCCUUUCGAUGCAGUAUUGUAUAAACAAGUAUCUAACACACAGCUCAACACCAGCGCGCGUGCACUCACACACACACACACACCACAGUUUAGUCUCCUUCAACAGCUCCCUUAUUAAUUUUCUACCUUCCAGAUGUUUAUGUAUGUAGUUCUAAGCUAAAUUUUAAAACACUGAGAAUUGUCUAGCACUUCACGGAAACCGAGAUAUUGUUUACACCUGGUCACUUCUUGCUUCUCGUGUAUCAGGAUGAUACCCGGAUCAGGAUUAUUUACGGAAGGCGUAAAUGCACCCGAGAUGCGUUUUAGACAGAUUUCAGUCUGAUUUCUCAGGACAUCCGAGACAACGCUACUGGAACGGUCAGUAAACAUUCAACAGGCUCUUUAAAGGCUAGACCAACAUUCCAGAAAGAAACGUUCCUGCAAUGUUUCUCACACAACGUCCCCAGUGAGACGUCUUAUAGUACGCUACAGUAAGUAAAAACGUUGCUGCGGUGUUGUAGGAAUAUUUAUUUAUAUAGCGUUACAUUUUCUCAGCACACCUGGAAAAACAGAUUGAACAUUUCUAGAACAUUCCAAAAAAAAAAAAAAACAUUCUGUUCAUGUAAAAUUGUUAGCUGGAGAGACACAUUUAAGCCAAGUGUAAAUAAAUCCGUAUCUCCAAGCAACAUCCGACCACCAAAACCUGUCUCAAUACGCUACACCACAACACACAGGCCACGACUGAAAUUUAGUGGUGUUGAUUUUUAUUCUUUUCGACAGUAAUGAUACACAUCUUAAUAGCCAGUGUAUAUGAUACAAUACGGUUUUAUUUACUACUGAUGUAAUGCGAUUCGGUUCAGCACUUCUAUCAUUCAGUUCAUGUCCAAUCUAAUAUGAUUUAGUUCAGUUACAAUUAACAUGUGUCGAUGGGACCUCUUUUUGUCUUACUCACUCUCACACACACGUGCGUGAACCGGAGAGCGUAUAUAUCUAUUGUUGUGUGCAUUGACUUUCAGCAGUAUUGGUUUUUACAAUUAGAACCAGAUCUAGGCUUGUAAAUCAGCUCAGCUGUGUCAUAGGCUGUUGGGCUGAUAUUCCAAUUUACACCCCUACUGAAGCUGCCACUUUUAAUGAAAUUUAAAAUGCAGUGUAAGGAAUGAGGAAUAGAACAGGAUGUUGAAGGUGUUUCAUGAGCUGAAUGUGCCUGUUCUACACAAAAUAGCGAUCAGAUCUCAAACCAGCUAACCUUUCAAUUACAAAUGUGAACGCAUGUGAUUAAAAUCUCCUCAGGAUACGAUCCAGAUACAAGAAACAU